AUGGUCGCCGCAAAUGUGGGGACGGCGCUGGCGCUCACCUGCCUGGGGGCGACGGGCACCGCUGUGGGGGGCGCUAUGGUCGUCGCGCAGCCCGACAUGAGCUUCGAAAGGCUGGGAUUCCUUCAGGGCGUUGCGGCUGGGCUGAUGCUCGCAAUUUCCGUGAUGGACUUGCUGCCUGGGGCCAUGGAAGCGAUCGGCUUCGGCGCUGCCAACCUCUGCUUCUACGUUGGCGUGGCGUUUUUCGCACUGGUAGUGGUGGCAAUUCCUGAGCCCUCAUUGGAGGGGAUAAUUAAAGAGGACGACAGUUCGAAGGGUUCCAAAAAGUGGCGUCGGGAGGUGCUGUUCAGUGGCCUGAUUACUGCACUUGGGAUCACCCUGCACAACUUCCCUGAGGGUGUCUCUGUCUACCUUGCCUCUAUGAAGUCAUCGGCCAUGGGAGCAAGCCUGGCUGUGGCGAUCGCUCUCCACAACGUCCCAGAGGGCAUCGCUGUGGCACUUCCAGUGUUUUUUGCGACAAAGAGCAGAUGGGAAGGAUUCAAGUAUGCUGCGGUCUCUGGCAUGGCUGAACCACUAGCUGUGGUUGUCAUGGGCUUGAUCUUUCCGGUGGACCUCUCUCCCGACCUCAUCCAGGCCAUGCUCGCUGGCGUUGGGGGCAUCAUGGCCUUUCUCAGCUUCCACGAACUCAUGCCCCUCGCCUUUCAGCACGCUGGAAGACGCCCAGCCACAGCUGCCGUCUUCCUGGGUAUGGCAGUCAUGUCUGGGAACUUGUACCUUGUUGACCACUGGCUGGGUUUGUCACACUGA